AUGUAUUUUAUUCUACUCGUUACGAUUAUUCGAAAAGCAAAAGUUCAACUUUCCUUUACAAGAUUAUUUUUUCCUGUGAGUAAGAAUUUUCUAAGACAUGAUUUAUUGCCUGAGAUAGAACCAGAAUUCUCUCAAGAAAUACCAAAUGUUACUGUAGCUGUAGGUAGAGAUGCUAAACUUCCUUGCCACGUCGAUAAUCUAGGUACCUACAGGGUAGCAUGGCUGCGGGUGGAGAGCAAAACAGUUUUGACCAUCCAUCGACACGUAAUUACGAGGAACUACCGCAUAAACCUCACACAGAGAGACCACAAACUUUGGAUACUGCACAUAAAUAACGUUCGUGAGUCCGAUAGAGGUGGUUACAUGUGCCAGAUCAACACGGUUCCCAUGAAGAGUCAAGUUGGUUAUCUGGAUGUUGUCGUGCCUCCGGAUAUUAUCGAUGCCGAUAGCACUACGGAUGUUCUAGUCAGAGAAGGAUCCAAUGUGACUCUCACCUGCAGAGCUACUGGCAAUCCCCCUCCUACUGUUACAUGGAGAAGGGAAGAUGGACAACCGGUUGCAGUCGGUAACUGGCAAAGCACCAAACCUCAAGACGCAACGUAUGAAGGUGAAGAACUCAGUGUUACUAAAGUCAGUCGGUUGCAUAUGGGAGCAUACCUGUGCAUAGCAUCAAACGACGUGCCACCUUCAGUUAGUAGAAGAAUUCUUCUUCAGGUGCACUUUCCACCCAUGAUAUGGAUUCCGAACCAACUCAUAGGAGCUCCGAGUGGCUCAAAUAUCACGCUAGAAUGUCAUACAGAGGCAUACCCCAUGUCAAUCAAUUACUGGACCAAGGAAGAUGGUGAUAUGCUCGUCACUAACGAUAAAUACUUAGCCAUAAUAAAAGAUAAGACAUAUAAAGUUCAUAUGAAACUUAUAAUAAGAAAUAUUCAACAGGAAGAUUUUGGAGUUUAUAAAUGCUACGCUAAAAAUUCUUUAGGAUCUACAGAAGGUUCUAUAAGAUUAUAUGAAAUCCAUGUUUCACCUCAACCAGGAAAAGAACCCUCCACUGCUAAAAUUCAAAGUUUAGAAGAUGAUGCGAAAUCGCCAUUGCAUCAUCCGGCCUUGCAAUCCACUUCUGGAAGAAGAGAAGAUAGCAGAUUUGGUAUGUCAGAUGCCACAAAAGGGCAGAAUCAACCUUUUAAUCCACCCUUGCAUAGACCUCUGGAAGAAAAUGUUUAUUGUUUUCUUUCCUCAGGCAACAACUUCCAAACGAGCUUAUACUUAGCUCCCUACUGUCCUUUGUAUUCAACACCGAAAGAAAAUCUCUCAUUUUCUUCUCUCUUAUCUCUAUUGGAAAAUACCAAGAAAAAUAACGCAACGUAUGAAGGUGAAGAACUCAGUGUUACUAAAGUCAGUCGGUUGCAUAUGGGAGCAUACCUGUGCAUAGCAUCAAACGACGUGCCACCUUCAGUUAGUAGAAGAAUUCUUCUUCAGGUGCACUUUCCACCCAUGAUAUGGAUUCCGAACCAACUCAUAGGAGCUCCGAGUGGCUCAAAUAUCACGCUAGAAUGUCAUACAGAGGCAUACCCCAUGUCAAUCAAUUACUGGACCAAGGAAGAUGGUGAUAUGCUCGUCACUAACGAUAAAUACUUAGCCAUAAUAAAAGAUAAGACAUAUAAAGUUCAUAUGAAACUUAUAAUAAGAAAUAUUCAACAGGAAGAUUUUGGAGUUUAUAAAUGCUACGCUAAAAAUUCUUUAGGAUCUACAGAAGGUUCUAUAAGAUUAUAUGAAAUCCAUGUUUCACCUCAACCAGGAAAAGAACCCUCCACUGCUAAAAUUCAAAGUUUAGAAGAUGAUGCGAAAUCGCCAUUGCAUCAUCCGGCCUUGCAAUCCACUUCUGGAAGAAGAGAAGAUAGCAGAUUUGGUAUGUCAGAUGCCACAAAAGGGCAGAAUCAACCUUUUAAUCCACCCUUGCAUAGACCUCUGGAAGAAAAUGUUUAUUGUUUUCUUUCCUCAGGCAACAACUUCCAAACGAGCUUAUACUUAGCUCCCUACUGUCCUUUGUAUUCAACACCGGUAAAUAACUUUAAAAAAAAGCACAUUAAUCUCGUACUUCUUCACUGAUCCCUUGAUUGAUAUGUCAACAUUGUACAGGGGAUUGUUUUAAAACUUUACUUUGCUCAAAUGCUAGAUUAACAGGAUUUAGAUACACUCAACUACUCAGUACUUAUACUAUAUUUUUAUAAAGGU